UACAGUUCCCAUAAGGCCGCGCGCGGGCCACGGCAAACCAGGUGGGCGCCAGGCGCCGGUGCCGGGAGGUCGAGACCCCAGCUCAGAGGAAACGCCGCCUGGCGAGUCCCGCGCUGGCGGCACCCGGUGGCCGGUGUCAUGACUCUGUUUCACUUCGGGAACUGCUUCGCCCUCGCCUACUUUCCCUAUUUCAUCACGUACAAGUGCAGCGGCCUGUCUGAGUACAACGCCUUCUGGAAAUGCGUCCAGGCCGGGGUCACCUACCUCUUUGUGCAGCUCUGCAAGAUGCUGUUCUUGGCCACUUUCUUCCCCACCUGGGAAGGUGGCAUCUAUGACUUCAUUGGGGAAUUCAUGAAGGCCAGUGUGGAUGUGGCGGACCUGAUAGGCCUAAACCUUGUCAUGUCGCGGAAUGCAGGCAAGGGGGAGUACAAGAUCAUGGUUGCUGCCCUGGGCUGGGCCACUGCUGAGCUCAUUAUGUCCCGCUGCAUCCCUCUCUGGGUGGGAGCCCGAGGCAUUGAAUUUGACUGGAAGUACAUCCAGAUGAGCAUUGAUUCCAACAUCAGUCUGGUCCACUACAUCGUGGCGUCGGCGCAGGUCUGGAUGAUAACGCGCUAUGACCUGUACCACACCUUCCGGCCCGCUGUUCUCCUCCUGAUGUUCCUUAGUGUCUACAAGGCCUUUGUCAUGGAGACCUUCGUCCACCUCUGCUCCCUGGGUAGCUGGACGGCGCUGCUGGCCCGGGCAGUAGUAACAGGACUGCUGGCCCUCAGCACCUUGGCCCUGUAUGUUGCUGUUGUCAAUGUACACGCCUAGCUUAGCGUCCCAGGUGUUGGCCCACCUUUUUGCUGCGGAUUUUAGUGAAGUAAACGGUGUUUGGAAA